AUGGCGAGAACAAGUAGGGGCAGGCAAAGGGUUGAGAUGGCAAAGAUAGAGAACAAGAGCCAUCUUGAAGUCACGUUCUCUAAGCGCCGCGCUGGACUUUUCAAGAAGGCCAGUGAGCUUUCCACCCUCUGCGGCGCUGAUGUUGGUAUUAUUGCUUUCUCGCCGUCGGAGAAGAAGGUUUUCUCGUUCGGCCACCCCAGUGUGGAAGCGGUGGUGGAGAGGGUUCUCGGUGAGAACAACCCUGCGCCGCCGGUUAACGAGACUGGCGGCAGGGUGUUGGCGGCGACGGAGCAGUUUAUUGAGGAUCACCGGAAUGCAAGGGUCCAGGAGCUCAACAUGGAGCUGACGCGGCUUGAAGCCAUAUUUGAGCUUGAGAAGAAGAGGGGUGAGGCCAUUGAUAGAGCUGUGGAGGCGAAUCGUGAAGCUCAUGGAUGGCUGAGAGGCUUUUACGAUGAUCUUAGCUUCCAGUAG